GUCGUCGUCGUCCUCUUCGACGAUCAGAUCGACAUCGCAGACGGCUGCUGUCGCUCCACCAAUGACGGCCCCCUUCUUCUUCCACCACCUCCUUCUCCUUCUUCUAUUCCCAUCGACGUCGGCGGUGGUGGCUCGACUCCUUCUUUCCGCACCGACCGACAGACAGGCAGACCAAGUAAAUAAACAGUUGAACGAAAACAAAAACAAACAACAACGAAAAUCCUUUGGCGUCUCAAGGCAACCGUUGCGAUCUACAGCAGCGCGUCGUAUAAAUCACUCGGGCCGAGGAGCGGGUGACUGCGGAGAAGUCGGCUGCUGUGCUUCUCGUCUCCACGGUAACAUCUCAAGCGGACCCCGCGUUACAUAACAACGCUCGCCGACGGGAGAGCAUGUGUGUGUGAUGGUGGUGGUGGUGAUGCCGCCGCGAGAGAGUAUCCCGAAUCCUAUUGUUCGGUUAUGAUCUACUGCUGCUGCGGCUGCUGUUGCUGCCCCCGUUUACGGUGUUCCACCAAUAGGAUGGGCGUCGCGACGUGGCGGCGGCGGUCGUCGCUCCGCUGAACCGACACGCAGAAGGGGGCAGUAGUGAUUGCAGGUUCGAUCCUGCUUCAAUCGUAAUACGAAAACGAUGUGUACGGCAUGCAGCCGAGAUGAUGGUGUCGGCGACGACGGCGGCGGCGGCGGUGGAGGAUGCGAUGAAUUCGUGUGGAAGACCCGUUUGUUCUGCGCGCGGCACUGAUUAGAACGCGACGCUCCACGCAACGAGACGCGACCAGACUGAGGCGUUCCCCCCACUGUCACCCGAAGAAGAACGGACAGGAGCAAAGCAAUCGGAUUCCCAUUGGCGCGCGACUUCGGACGCCCUCGGCCCCAGAUUCGCGCAACCAAACAGCUGAUAACGGCAACGAUCAGCUGAUGCACGAUUAAUAAUGAUUGCAUUUCACAUUACAUUACCGAAUCGAACGCGAAUUUGCAAAACGCACAACGACCGAACGAACGAAAGAGAAAAGAAACGCGCUAAAACCAUCAACAAAGAACAUCAAAACACUGCAAUAUUUGACACCUGUCAAAUUUGACAGCAAGUGUGUCAAGUGAACUACUCUGAUUUUGAGCGAAAAUAGUAUUUCUUUUGCGACUCGAAUAGCAAUUGCAUAUAAACAUGUCGUUUCUUUUAACUGUAAAUAAUUUUUGAAAAAUAAACCGAUAAACCAAGUACGUGAUGAAAGAAAUGCACGUUUCCAAUUGAGUAGCUCGAAUGAAUCGAUCUAAGUCUUCGUCGUUGUUAUUGUUUUCUUUUUUUUUCUGUGUGUGAGUUCAUUUGUUUCGAGAUGGCCGAGUGUCGUGGUACGUUCGAAGGUUUAACGGAAAGGACGGCGCAACUGUUCUACGGAAGGACGGAAGGUGACAGGAUAUUAAUUCGCGACACGCUGGACGAGCUGAACUCCAUCGAUUACAGAUACCCGAUAGUCACGAACAAUUCGAGGGCUGUGCUCCUGAUUUACCAAUUCUGUCGACUGGUCGAGCCAGAGGAUUCUGCGUUGGCGGCGAAAUGUUCCCUCUUGAUACGCAACCUGGUGAUGAAGCAGAACGUCGCUGUGGAAGGUCGCACCUUGACGAUGAUCAUCGCCUGGCUGCUGGACUCGCUCAAAGAGGCCGGCAAGGAGGAGAGGAUCAAUUUGCUCACAACGCUGGACUGUCUCCUGCGACACAAUGCACAGGAAAUACAUAACUUAUUACCACUUGCAGUCAUCAAAAAUGGAAUACUGUUGAAUUUGUUGCACGAGGAGGCUCCAGAUGAGGUGGCACUGCUGGUAGUGCAAUGUCUUGAAGCUUGCUGCACUCCAUCACCUGCAAUUGACACAGGCCAUCCGUGCAUCCAGCACGAGCUCUGCACAGCAAUCUUUUAUAAAUAUUUGCAGAUGGACAGGAAUCCAAAUGUUGAAGAAUUCAUCACAGUUAAAUUGUUGAUUUCUUGUUUGAGAGGACUGCAGAAUAUCGUGGUUCAAAAUGAAGAGUUCACCGCUGCGGAUUUGGGGCUUCUGUUGGGUGUCGCAAAGUCUUUCAUGCUUUACCAAUUGAAGGGAAUCCCUUUUCUGCCACCGCAAAAGUUGAUGCCAUCGGCGAUGAGCGUGCCGGAGCAGGCAGAGACGACGACGGGUCGCGGCGGUGAGAAGAGGGGCGGUAAAAUUGCCAGGGCUAGAAAGAAAAACGGCGGCACUAAGCAAACGCCAAAUGGUAGCUGCAGUAAGGGGAUGAUGCUGGCGGUUGAGGAGGACGCUCUUGUUGUAAGGUCGAGGACGAGCGACAGCGAAGUGUCGGACACAGAAAAUGGGGCCAGGGGACCGGCCAAAAUAACCCUACUCGAGAGUCGAAUAAGACAGUCUGCUUUGCAAUUACUCUUGAGCGUCUACAAGUCGGUGGGCAAAAAAACGAUGUUUUCCUAUUGGUCCAGCUUCAUCCCGGACGCCGCACCGCUUUCCACCUCCUCACACAGUCUGACCAAUUGCAUCCUCAAAGAUCCUUCCAGCAAGGGCAGGAUGGCCGCCCUCAACGUGUUGCUGCUGCUGCUCAGUAGCUCGAAAGUUUACCUGUCGCAGGCGGAAUUCAGUGAUAAGGUGGGGUCGUUCACGCCGUUCUCCGUGACGUUGGGUGGCAUCAUCAGGGAACUGCACCACUGCCUCUGCUUGGCGCUGAACGACACCUCGCACCACGUCCUCACGCAGGUGCUCAAAUGUCUUGCAGCCCUGGUGCAGGCAACGCCCUAUCACCGUCUUCCGUCCGGAUUGGUGAGCAAGGUCGUGCGCAACGUUAAGCCAUUGGUCCAUCAUAGGGACGUUACCGUGCAGGUGGCAUCGCUGAUAGUGCUGAGCUGCACGUUGGCCUCGGAGUUUGCCGUAAAGGAGGUGCGAAACGCCCUAUUGAAGAAUGUCACGCCGAGGGAUGCCGAAAGCGACUCGGCUAAGGUCGAAGAAUUCGUGGAUUUCGCCAAUUUCGAUUAUGACGAGGACGAAGAAGAGAUUGGAAGCAGCGUUGAGAUGCCGUGGGUUUUGGCGAAAUGCGUGCAAUCGCUGGAACGGAACGCGCACGCCCCCGUCAAAGUUGAAUGUCUGCAGGUGAUAUCGGCGAUGAGUCGCAAUCAUUUCGAACAGUUGCUCCGCAAUCAUUCUAUGGAUCUGAUGCGUGCGUUGGAGGUCGCCCUGCAAGAUCCUUUCCUUGACGUCAAGCUGCACGCAGGUCGUUGCGUAGAGUUCGUGGCGCAGGCAAUGAGUCGUCACGGACCGGUCCCGAGGAGCGUCACAUUUUGGCAGUGCCUGCUGUCAGGUCCAUUGCUGGGAUUGCUGCAGAACGAGGAUCAGGCGACGCUGCGUGCCAUCGCCUGCGAUUGCCUUGCGAGCAUAGGGGCGAACGUAUACGAGGAGUUGCCCCGCGACAAGCAGUUGCUAUGUAUAACGCAGCUUUUUGCCAGCGCCAAAGACGAGGAUGCCGGUGUCAGGGGUGCGGCGAUCAGAGCUCUUUCAAUCUGCGUGCUCUACCAGUCUCUGCGCGACGAUGUCGGCUUCAUACUGGACACCAUGGAAGCCGUGCAGCGGGGACUGAGCGACGAGAGCGUCGGACUCAGAGAAAAAUCUUCGUGGUCGGUGGGCAACAUCAGCGAAGUGCUGUUGAGCAACGAGACUGCCAACGAGGAGAUCUCCGACGAGCAGGUGUUGACGCUCAUUGACAAGGUCGUCGCGAGUUGCCGCGAUAACGACAAGAUCAAGUGCAACGCGGUGCGAGCCCUCGGCAACCUCUUGCAGCUGAUCAAAGCCGAAACUCUGACAGGCAACCAGACGUGCAGGUUGACCACGGAGAGUGCGAUUGCAGCCAUCCUGCGGGUCUCUACCUGCGGGCAGAACAUGAAGGUGCGUUGGAACGCUUGCUACGCCCUCGGCAACAUCCUCAAGAACGAAUCUCUGUACUCGCUCACGAACUGGCUGAAAGAGACUUUCUCUGCGCUCAUAGAAAUGGUGAAUACCUUCAAGAACUUUAAGGUGAGGAUCAACGCGGCGCUAGCAUUGGCCGCGUGUCCACGUAGGGAACUGUACGGAGUCCAUUACACCGUCGUUUGGAAGUCUCUGGUGAAGGCUCUGCAGAACUCGGAGAACAUGGACGACUUUAGCGAGUUCAAGCACAGGGAUCACCUGAUAGAACAAAUUUGCCUGUCGCUGGGUCACCUGGCAACACUGAUGACGUGCGAGGAUCUGUUGCCGCUGAAGGAUGCUGUGGCCGAAAGCGUUCUCGCAGAUCAGAUGAGGAGGACACGAGACAGACUCGUACCGGAGAAGGCGGCGAUCCUUCUCGUCGCACGUGAACGUAUUCUGUCGCUCGACGUGGGAGCAGCACCAGGUGAACGGAUGGAAGUGCACGAAUCCCUGCAACGCGUCUUCAGCGGCGUCGAGUUGUAAACGGUAUUAUUUAAAAAAAUAUAAUUAUAUUUAUGUAUCUCACUCUCUUGUUCACGUCUUGUCUGCCUUCCCCCAUUCAUCUGUCUCUCACU